CAAAUACACCAAGGUAUCCAGGUCAAACAGACCUUGAGGCGGGAGUAACGGUCUGUUGCCAUAGUUACCUCCCAAGAGAAGGCGAGACUGCUCACGUGACCUGGCAAGAUGGCGACGUUAGUGCAGAAUGAGAUAUAAAUAUCAGAGUUACCGGGGUCCGAAUUUGGACGAAACUGGGAACUACUGAUCAAUUGUUCAUCAUAUCUAUUGAUCAGAAUGGCCUUAAAUGUCUUUGAUCACGAUGAGUACAGGCCACCAGUCUGGAAAUCUUACUUGUACCAGCUCCAGCAGGAGGCGCCACACCCUCGCAGAAUCACUUGUACAUCAGAGGUGGAAAACCGCCCUAAGUACUACGGGAGAGAGUUUCAUGGGAUGAUCUCGAGAGAGGAGGCCGAUCAGCUCCUGAGUCAGGCUGAAGGCAGCUACCUCAUCAGAGAGAGUCAGAGGCAGCUGGGCACAUACACUCUGGCUUUAAGGUUUGGAAACCAGACGAGGAACUUCCGUCUCUACCAUGACGGGAAACACUUUGUUGGAGAGAAGAGGUUCGAGUCCAUCCAUGACCUGGUGACUGAUGGCCUCAUUACGCUUUACAUCGAGACAAAAGCAGCGGAGUACAUCGCCAAGAUGACCAUAAACCCCAUCUAUGAACGCGUGGGCUACACCACUCUGAACCAGGAGCCCACUCUGAAAAAAAUCCUGCCUCACAGUCCGGAGACGCCUGACGGACCUGUUCCUGUGAAAGAUGGCCGAAACAUGAAGGAGAGGCUCACGUCUCUGGUGCGACGGGCCACGCUGAGGGAGAGCGACAUGGUGCCCAAGUAUGAGAAGGACCACAACUUCAAGGUUCACACAUUCAGAGGUCCUCACUGGUGUGAAUAUUGCGCUAACUUCAUGUGGGGACUGAUCGCUCAGGGGGUGAAAUGUGCAGACUGUGGGCUGAACGUCCACAAGCAGUGCUCCAAAGUGGUUCCGAACGACUGCCAGCCGGACCUUCGGCAUGUCAAGAAGGUCUACAGCUGUGACCUGACCACUCUGGUCAAAGCCCACAACACUAAGAGGCCGAUGGUGGUCGACAUGUGCAUUCAGGAGAUCGAAGCAAGAGGUCUUCAGUCUGAGGGCCUGUACAGAAUAUCGGGCUUCAGUGAGCUGAUCGAGGAUGUCAAGCUAGCCUUUGACAGAGACGGAGAAAAAGCAGACAUUUCCUCAAAUGCUUAUGAGGACAUCAACAUCAUCACCGGAGCCCUCAAGCUGUACUUCAGAGAGCUUCCUAUUCCCCUCAUCACAUAUGAUGCCUACCCACGAUUCAUAGAGACUGCAAAAAUUACAGACCCAGAAAAAAGACUGGAAUCCCUCCAUGAGGCCUUGAAGCUGCUGCCCCCAGCCCACAUCGAGACACUCAGAUACCUCAUGGCUCACCUCAAGAGGGUCACCGAUUACGAGAAGGAGAACCUCAUGUCCAGUGAGAACCUGGGUAUCGUCUUCGGCCCAACGCUAAUGAGGGCCCCUGAACUGGACGCCAUGACAGCGCUCAACGACAUCCGAUACCAGAGACUGGUUGUGGAAACACUCAUUACCAACGAAGAUGUGUUGUUCUGAGAGAAAGGGACAAAAAAAACCUCCCAGAGAGGAAGAGUCUGUGGAAAAAUGAACAAGAUGAAGGAGGAAUAUGUCUUAAAAGACAUUUGUUUUACAGAUGAAGGAAGGGACUGUUUACUUAGACAGAAAAUUAGAGGCUUUGGAUGAAGGCCAGGAUGUAAGGAUAGGUGUUUCCCCAUAUUUUUAUGUAAUCUUUUACUAUCAACAAACUUGAAGAUGGUAAAUAUUUGAUGGAUAAUGACAGCUGAAACUCUGAGCCUUUUUAGGUAAAAAUAAAUAACCGUAGAAAUUGCCCAUAUAGGGGAUUUAUCUUUAUUUCUUUUUAAACGGAUGCCUGGAGAGUUUUAAAUUAACUUUCUUUAGUUUUUCUGUUUAUUUAUCUUGUGAAAAGAUCAACAAAAGUGAUAAUGGGUUACAGUUCUUGACAUUUCAAGUUAAAUCAGAUGCCAGAGAGUGGGAUUUCCUCGUUAUUUAUCUAUAUUAUCUGGCCAAUUUUGGACACAAAGGAAAUUUGGGUUUGGUUGAUUUUCAUCCAUUUCUUUGUUGUAGCAAUGCAUGUUGGCUAUAAAUCUUAUGUUGAAGGAAAGGCUGAUUAUUUCCCCUUAAAUGGUUCCACAUCUGUAAGGAAAAAGCAUUUGUGAAAUUGAGAGUGAGGGUUGCACCAAUGAAAACAUUUUUUAAUUUCCUCUACCAUUGUCAGACAUCUUAUUCCACCAUUGACUCUUGUUUUUAGCUGAUGUGGUGUUUCUGCAACAUCAUCCAAUCCAGUAAACAGGACCAAACAGCAGUCAAUGGGAAUUAGCUACUUGGCAUUGGCACAGAGGACUUGGUAAGUUUUUCAUGGCUGCAACCCACAUAGUCAACUCCUUAUUUGUAAGGACAUAGUCAUUCCUUACAAAUAAAGCACCAUUUAAAGGGACAUAAACAGAUUUAAUACCAAGAAGCAGUUUUACAACAAAGAAACAAUCAACCAAACACAAAUCUUAUUAAUUUUGCGCUUAUUUUUUUCUUUGAUCUUCUAAAGAUAAUAAAAUCUGCAACAUAUUUCUUCGGUAUUCUUAUCAUUGACUUCAGAAGGAGAUCACUGCAUCACUUCUCAACAUUUAAGCCUCCUCUAAGAAAGAAGCAGUACUGGCUUCAUGAAAGUAGACAGCAAGAUGAAUGAGUAACUCCAGUUUAUUCCUCAGAGUGAGACAUCGGUGAUUUAGACCUGUUCUGUUUUAAUUGCACGUUCUCUCCAAAAACCGGACUCCAACUCCUCAGCAGCCAUAAAGAGGAACUUUUUCAUGUCAUUGGUGAGCUUUUUUUAAAAGUUUUUUGUUGUUGCUGUGUAAUUACUCCUCCACUCUUAAGCUACUUGUUGUCUUUAAUCACCUGCUUUGUUUUCAUGCACUAAAUGGGACAGGCAAAGGAAAAGGGUUGCAUCAAGUAGCUCGAGACAUGCGUAUGUGAGUUUUUUACAUGGCUUCUACUAAUUGUUUAAUGUUAGUACAGUAAAGCAGACAAAGCUUCCUAACACAGUUAUAUUAGUUGAAUCAUAAGUAAAAUAUUAGGAAUGUUAAAUGUGUUCAAACAUAUCCAGCUGUGAAGAAGGUUUAAUGUAAAGCUUCAACCAGGAAGUUAUGUAUCACUGGUCCAGUGCUGUAAUAUGAAGGAGUUUAUUUUCUGUUUUUUGUUUUUUACAAACUUGUACCAUUUGAAGGGAUACAAUGGAGGCCUUUUGCUUAUUUCCCCGCUUUAGCUAAGACUACCUUUACUUAUUUUUACCCCCACUUUUGUCGGGGGACGCUGUUUAAAUUAAAGUGAUAAUGACCCAGAAAAAUAACGAGCAAACAAGCCUUAUUGGAUGUAACUGGUGGGGAACAUCAAUAUGUUUGUAACAAAUUUUAUAUUUUUUAAAUUUGUUCUUUAAUUUAACACUGACUAACCAAAUACUAACAUCAAAUUAUUCCUCUGAGCCCUGCAUGAUCUGUGAAACCUGCUCUUUUAGCAUCAUUAAAUGUUAAUUUUUUAUUGUCAUUGCUUUAAAGUAUUUUCUGUAUGGUUUAUGCAUGUUGUAAUUAAAUUAUUAAAUAUGGCUUUCAACUCA